UUUGGCGCAGGAGUGACAAUUGAAUUUUACGGGAAGCAGUGAUACGCGGUGGAUAAACCCCUUUUAUUAUUGUUGUUAUUAUUGAAUAUAAAUAAUUUUGAUUUCUGGGUCGGUGGAGGUGGUCCGACGACCGGUGCUCGGAGGAAAUUAGAAUGGAGCUGCUCUCCGACUCCAGCGUCAUUUCGAUGGAGGUAGCAGCCGAGCACACCGGGCCCGUCGACUCGCCCGAUGCCGUCGCCAUCGAAUCCAUGGGUCGCCUCCUGGGCCAGCGGAUCCACGCCGAGGUUCAGGAGUAUACAGCCGUGCUCAGCAAACUCGUGCUGGCCAUGCAGCGGGCCAGCACUGACGAGGCUUCCGACCCGACCGGGGCCAGCCAGCACGUCACGGCCGCGGCGCCGCCUGCGCUGCACGAGCGAUGCUGCGCCGCCAAACUGCUGCGGAUGCACGCGCUGACGGCCGCCAUCGGACGGGCGCUGGACCGGGCCGGCGCCGACCAGUGAGCGGCCGCCACGUCACGGGCUCACCGGCACCCGGUGCCAUCAGCGGGGCAGGUCAGCGCCGGGCGGACGGUGCUGCCGACUGGCGGUCGAUUGGCGAACUACCGCGGCAAGAUUGCAACCGAUAGGACUGCGGACGGUGUCCGAACCGGCUCGGUCGGUAGGUAUGGCGUCCUGCUGCCAGCUCCACCAGUCCACAGCUGCUGAAUAAUGAAUAUCGACCGCUCACAGGGUGAUAGAGGGGCUGGAAGGAUGUUCACUGGUAAUGGUGCUGGUUGAGGAUCGUUACUUAAGUCCUUGUUCAAACGAGUGUUCGUAUUUGUUCAUUGUCAGUUGCUUGUUCCAAUCACCGAUGCUGGAUAGACUUGUGUGUGACACUUGGUCUGGACGGUCAAGGAAAUAUGUAAUGCGCACCUGGAUUAAAAUGUUGUCAACUGUAGGACUCGUUCGAAGGCACGAAAAAAGUUAUAAUGAUUUAUGGAUACCUAUCAUGUAGCAGAUAGUUACACUCGACGUGUAAUCCAGAUUCAGAUAUUAAUUUUAUCUUCAGGAGAUGCCAACGCCGCACGCUGUACCUGGUGCGGCGAGCUAAUCUCAGUUUUAAUUGCUGUUCCUUUCACAGAAUCCCGAUACCGUGCUGGUUCGCUGUAAAUACCUACCCGCCAUCUCAUUAGUGAGUGCUCCUCCAUACCGUUGUUCUCAUUUCGCAUAUUCAGCUACAUUCGCCCUCACCGUGUCGUUUAUCUGAACCCCAGCAUCUCCCAGUGUUGCGGCGGUCAGCGAUUGCGCGAGCAGCGUCCGCGCGGCGCGGGGACUGUUUUUGCGCCACUCAUCCGUCCCACAACAUUGUCGCUCUGGCCCUCUCCGAUAACCGGCGGCGUCCACUGUUUUGCGGCCGACGCAAGAAGUGGCCGCGUGUUGACGCGCUCAUGAGCCUGUGAACUGAGGACUCUGGCCACUAUCUGACCCGGUUACACUUGUUUGUCGUGUUGACACUCUGUUUUCGCUGAGGUGCGAACAAGGGUAACGCUGGCUUUGUGCGGUGUUUUGUGUGUUGUAGUUCAGUGUGAACUAUGUGGCUAUCUCGUCAAACUGACCAUUGAUUGCCUGUUGUGAUGUAGAUAGUAUGAAUAACGUUUAUAUGUAUUGGCGUACUGUACUUGCGGCUCUGCUGUAUAAUUGUGUCCCCUAGAUCCAUCUAAACCAAGAGCCCAUAAAAGACAUGAACAAAAGUCAAAAGUAACGAAGCGACCAUAUGUGCAUUGUUGGCUAUUUGCAUUGUAAUGACUUGUUUGUUUAUUCCCAUCGUUGUGCCACUAGAAUCAGUUUGUUUGUUUGACUGUUAUGGACUGUGAUCUUGGUAGCUGUUUAAAAUAAAUAGCAUUACCACCAGAACA